UUCUCCUUCUUUUUUUCUUUCUGCACAAUUAUUUCUUCAUUCUCUCUCAAUAAUUUUCUCUCAUUUUCCUUCGCUUUCUAAUUUCUAUCCAUUCCAUUCCACAUCUUUCAUCAGAUCACCAUCACCCUACAUAUUACAUGUUGCUCAUUCAUUCAUUCAUUCUAAACCAUAAUUGCCGAAAGAUCUAGGGUUCUGCCUGAAUCCGCAGCUCCCAAUCUCUAUCUCACCCGCAUUUGUUUCCUUUCGGUAUACCAUCUGAUUCUUGCAGCUUUCGAUUCGGAGGCAUUCAAAUACAGCUUGCAGCAAAAAUAAGAAGAAAAAAAAUCAAAUUGAGGAUUCGUGUUGAUUUCCGCGCUCAGUGAUUGGUUUAGAUGAACAUGGAUGUCGUCACUGAUGUGGCGUCGUUGGACGUCGAAUUAUUGCAGCUCCCAGAAUUUUCCGGUUUGGCCCUCAAGUCUAACCACAAUUUCGUUGAGAAGCUCUUCGACCAGUGGUUGUCGCUUCCCGAAACUAAUCGAUUGGUAACAUCAUUACUCAAUGAAGCAAAGUCAGGUGUGCCCUUGAAUGUCCCCGGGAAUUGCUCCAGUCCAAAUGGUGCAAGUAAUUCUUUGCCUUCCAUGUUUCCUGCUGGCACUGCUCCUCCUCUUUCACCAAGAAGUUCAUCUGGUUCCCCUCGCAUUGUGAAACAUAGAGUUGGCCCAUCUAAUUUGGGUUCUCCUUUGAAAGUUGUCAGUGAGCCAGUUAAAGAAGUGAUACCUCAGUUUUACUUUCAACAUGGACGUCCACCUCCAAAUGAACUGAAAGAACAAUGCUUGUAUAAAAUUGAUCGGCUAUUCCAUGAACAUUUGGAUGGCCUGCAGGUGCAUGAAUUCAAAUCAAUUACUAAGGAAGUUUGCAAGCUGCCAUCUUUUUUUUCCACUUCUCUGUUCCGAAAGAUUGACAAUGGAACUGGUGUUGUGACAAGGAAAACAUUUAUUGAAUAUUGGAUUAAUGGCAACAUGUUGACGAUGGAUAUAGCUACUGUAAUAUUCAAGAUAUUAAAGCAACCACAGCUGAAUUACCUUACUCAGGAUGAUUUUAAACCAGUGCUACGUGAGCUUUUAGCAACUCAUCCAGGGCUGGAGUUCCUGCAGAGCACGCCUGAGUUUCAAGAGAGAUACGCUGAAACUGUAAUAUACAGGAUCUAUUAUUACAUUAAUAGAUCUGGAAAUGGUCGUCUCACCCUGAGGGAGCUUAAGCGUGGAAACAUAAUUGAUGCAAUGCAGCAUGCUGAUGAAGAAGAAGAUAUAAACAAGGUUUUGAGGUACUUCUCUUACGAGCAUUUUUAUGUUAUAUACUGCAAGUUUUGGGAGCUGGAUUCAGAUCAUGAUUUCUUGAUAGACAAAGAGAAUCUUAUCAGAUAUGGUAACCAUGCACUUACGUAUCGAAUUGUUGACAGAAUAUUUUCUCAGAUCCCAAGAAAGUUUACCAGUAAGGUUGAGGGAAAGAUGGGAUAUGAAGAUUUUGUUUACUUCAUACUUUCAGAAGAGGAUAAAUCAUCUGAACCAAGUCUUGAGUAUUGGUUCAAGUGUAUAGAUUUGGAUGGAAAUGGAGUUCUGACAAGGAAUGAACUGCAAUUUUUUUAUGAAGAGCAAUUGCAUCGGAUGGAGUGCAUGGCCCAAGAGCCUGUGCUUUUUGAGGACAUAUUGUGUCAGAUAAUUGACAUGAUUAAACCUGAGGAUGAGAGCUUUAUAACUCUGCGUGACCUGAAAGGCGGUAAACUUUCAGGAAGUGUUUUCAACAUCCUGUUCAAUCUAAAUAAGUUCAUGGCCUUUGAAACUCGUGACCCAUUUUUGAUCCGUCAGGAACGUGAGAAUCCAACAUUGACAGAAUGGGAUCGAUUUGCUCAUAGAGAAUAUAUCAGGCUUUCAAUGGAAGAAGACGUAGAAGAUGCCUCUAACGGAAGUGCAGAAGUCUGGGAUGAAUCACUGGAGGCUCCCUUUUAAAGAUAUUUUAGUACAGGGAUGAAAAGAAAGUAAUGCCCCGUACAUAACUGAUGGACUGGCCAUGAUUCAGAGACACUGGACUCAGGAUCAGCUUUUAAGUGAGAUCGUGCCAACUUUGCUUCAAAAAGUGGGAAUUUCCAAACUAAGAAAACGUGUUUUUAAUUUGCAAGUUGCAACAACAUUCAGAUUUGGGGCCAUUAUCGUGGAAGUUUUGUUGCCUUGUACCGCUAUCCAUGCAAAGUGAGGACGUUUUCUGAGAAGUGAUUAGCCCGGUUGAAUUAUAUUGACAUCAGUGAGUAUGUUAUUUGGGGGCACCCAAGUUAAGGAACAUAAAUAGCAAGAUUUUCUCGCCUUUGGAUCUUUUAGUAGUUUGCUUCAAUGAUCGACUCCCUUUUGCCCCACAGAUAUGUCGAAGAGUACGUUUGUUUCAUCAUAUCUGCAUCUGGUUGCUGUCUUUCACUGAAAUUUAUUUGGUUAGGAAUUGAAGAAUUUAAAGAGUCAUGCAAGACACAUAAUAAUGUCGUUUUUUUUUUCCCUUGACAAUUAGAUUCAUCUUUCAAGAUAUAUGCAGGCUUAUAUUAACACUUGCGCAUAAAUACUAUUUAAUGACUUUUUUUGGA